AUGGAAGCAAACAUAUGCACCUACCGUGACCCUGACACCACCUACCGUGACAGCACCUACCCUGACCGUGACAGCACCUACCCUGACACCACUUACCGUGACCCAGACAACACCUACCGUGACCCAGACAACACCUACCGUGACCCAGACAACACCUACCGUGACCCUGACACCACCUACCGUGACCCAGACAACACCUACCGUGACAGCACCUACCCUGACCGUGACAGCACCUACCCUGACACCACCUACCAUGACCCAGACAACACCUACCGUGACCCAGACAACACCUACCGUGACCCAGACAACACCUACCGUGACCCUGACACCACCUACCGUGACCCAGACAACACCUACCGUGACCCUGACACCACCUACCGUGACAGCACCUACCCUGACACCACCUACCGUGACAGCACCUACCCUGACCGUGACAGCACCUACCCUGACACCACCUACCGUGACCCAGACACCACCUACCGUGACCCAGACAACACCUACCGUGACCCAGACAACACCUACCGUGACCGUGACCGUGACAACACCUACCCAGACAACACCUACCGUGACCCAGACAACACCUACCGUGACCCUGACACCACCUACCGUGACCCAGACAACACCUACCGUGACCGUGACCGUGACAACACCUACCCAGACAACACCUACCGUGACCCAGACAACACCUACCCUGAGAACACCUACUGUGAGAGCAGCCACCGUGACAACACAUACCGUGACCGUGACAGCACCUACCGCGACAACACCUACCGUGAUAUCACCUACCCCUCUUUUAGGGCGUAUCGCUCUCUCUCUCUCUCCUAUUACCAGAUGUGGGUUUUGUCAAUAACUUUCUUUUCAUAA